AUGAGCGCCCAUUCAGAGGUGCCUCGAGGGGAGUCAUGGGCUUCAAUUCCAACAGAUUUGAUCCUCGCCGAGUUGAAGCGUCGCAAAGAUGAUGGCGAGAAACCAGAAUGCGGUUCGAGGACAAAGGGCUCUUAUGAUACUUCGGCGCAUGUAUUUGCAUUGAUCCUUAUCUUGACACUGAGCACGUUAGCAUGCGCAUUCCCUCUUUUCUCGCGACGAACGAUGCGCGGCCGAGGCCAGAAAACCGUGAUAUUCUACUGCCAGCACAUUGGAACCGGUGUCCUUCUGGCAACGGCCUUCGUCCACCUCCUUCCGACCGCUUUCGAGUCUAUGACCGACCCAUGCCUCCCCGAUUUCUUUAGCAAAGGAUAUACGCCGUUUCCAGGUUUUGUGGCUAUGAUCUCUGCUAUCAUUGUCGUCGGCAUCGAAUCGUAUCUUACGGCCCGAGGAGCUGGUCACUCUCACUCCCACAAUCAUGGAUAUUUUGAUUCGGACGAUGAACACGAGAGCGAGCUGCCCAUGAUGGAUGCAGCUGGACUGUCUGAAAGGAGGCAUGGACCGCGACCACCGGAUAUUCAUCUUGAGAACAUGGAGAGUCAGGGCUUAGUUGCUGGCGUGUCGCCUCUCCCCGGAUCUUCACCCCUAGUGGGACAGGAGGGCAAGAAGCUUAACGAUGAUUUCAACGAUGACGACUCCGAUCUUGACUUGGAUAUGGAAGAGCUUGAACCAGCUGGAUCAAGCAGCACGAGACACCGACAUGGACCUUAUGCAUCGCUCAAGCCUGAGGGAGUUGGGGCUGAGGAGGAGCCAAUGACACCCAUGACGCCCAUGUCUCCCGGACCACAGAACCCCGAAGAGCAACAAAGAAAGCUACUGCAGUGCCUUUUGCUUGAGGCCGGAAUUCUCUUUCACAGCGUCUUCAUCGGUAUGGCCAUCUCCGUCGCUACCGGCCCCGCCUUCGUAGUCUUCCUAGUCGCUAUCAGCUUCCACCAAACCUUUGAAGGCCUCGCCCUUGGCAGCCGCAUCGCCGCAAUUCAGUUCCCCCGCAAAUCUCUCCGUCCAUGGCUCAUGGUUCUCGCCUACGGAACCACAACACCAAUCGGUCAAGCAAUUGGUCUUAUCGUGCAUCGCAUGUACGACCCCAAGAGCGCAGGAGGUUUGCUCGUGGUUGGCUUCAUGAACGCCGUGUCAUCGGGACUGCUGCUGUAUGCUGGCCUUGUGCAACUGUUGGCGGAGGACUUUUUGGCAGAGAAGAGUUACAAGAUUUUGAAGGGCAAGAGGAGGUUACAGGCUUACAUGGCUGUUUGUGCCGGUGCACUCUUGAUGGCUGCCGUUGGAGCAUUCGCCUAG